AUGAGUACUCAAUCAAUAUUUAUCAAUGUCCUUUUCCCUUUUCCAACACAAAUACUUGCAUUUGCCUCAUUCUUUCCGGAUCACACAACCAUUUCGCUCAGUGACAAAUACUCAGAUCCAGGAAGCUCAGCCUUCGCUUCAUUCCGAAUCUUCGUGUAUGAAAUUAGCAGUUUGAAACAGAAGACUUUGUUCUUGUCUGGAGCAUCUUAUUGCUGCUUCUAG